AGGGAGACAUUGGGCUGCCUAAAGAAUUCUAAAUCAGAGAGUAGCUACUGGUUAAAAUGGACCUUAAGGUAAAAACCGAAGAAAUGGAGUGCAAUCACCCUCCCCCUAUUGAGGUUUUUGCGCACAACUCUACCUUGCACGGAAUCUCUCACAUCUUCACUUAUGAACGGGUGUGGAUCAAGCGUUGUUUAUGGGUCGUGUUUUUUCUCGGUUCUUUGACUUUCUUACUGUACGUAUGUGUCGAUCGAAUACACUUCUACCUGGAGUAUCCACACGUCACCAAACUCGACGAGAUCGCGACCCCGCUGAUGGUGUUUCCCGCUGUGACAUUCUGUAACCUGAACUCAUUCCGCUUCAGCAGAGUAACGCGCAAUGACCUGUACCACGCAGGGGAGCUGCUCUCCCUGCUCAAUCACAGGUAUGAGAUCAGGGACAUGCACCUUGUGGAAGAGAGUGUUCUGGAGCAGCUGAAGGCCAAAGCAGACUUCCACAACUACAAGCCGAGGCCCUUCAACAUGCGGGAGUUCUACGACCGAACAGGACAUGACAUCAAGGACAUGAUGCUAACCUGCCACUUCCGGGGAUCUGAGUGCAGACCUGAAGACUUCAAAGUAGUCUUCACUCGCUAUGGGAAAUGUUACACCUUUAACGCAGGGGGGGAUGGUCGCUCUCCACUCAUCACCACCAAGGGGGGUAUGGGUAAUGGGCUGGAACUCAUGCUGGACAUUCAGCAGGAUGAAUAUCUUCCGGUGUGGGGAGAGACAGAUGAGACUUCGUUUGAGGCUGGAGUCAAAGUUCAGAUCCACAGUCAGGACGAGCCUUCCUUCAUCGACCAGCUGGGCUUUGGAGUGGCACCUGGGUUCCAGACAUUUGUAUCCUGCCAGGAGCAGCGGUUGAUAUACCUGCCUCCUCCCUGGGGCGACUGUAAGGUGACUCCUCUGGAUUCAGACUUCUUUGACACAUACAGCAUCACAGCAUGCCGCAUCGACUGUGAGACGCGCUACCUGGUGGAGAACUGCAACUGUCGCAUGGUGCACAUGCCUGGAGAUGCCCCAUACUGCACCCCUGAGCUUUAUAAAGAAUGUGCUGAUCCUGCACUUGACUUCCUUGUAGAGAGAGACAACGACUUCUGCGUGUGUGAGACCCCAUGCAACAUGACCAGAUUCAGCAAGGAGUUGUCCUUUGUCAAAAUCCCCAGCAAGGCCUCUGCCAAGUACCUGGCCAAGAAGUACAACAAGUCAGAACAAUAUAUAGCAGACAAUAUCCUGGUUCUGGAUAUCUUCUUUGAGGCUCUAAACUAUGAGACGAUUGAGCAAAAGAAGGCCUAUGAAGUAGCUGGACUUUUAGGUGACAUUGGCGGUCAGAUGGGCCUCUUUAUUGGUGCCAGUAUCCUCACUAUUCUGGAGCUGUUUGACUACAUUUAUGAGGUGAUGAAGUACAGGCUCUGCCGGUGCUCUGAUAAGAAGCACAAGCACAACAACAACAAUGACCAGGGGACAGUCCUGAGCUUGGAUGAUGUAAAGUGUCAUGUCAGUAACUUUCACUAAGAAGGGGGGCAGCCACACCCCACCUCUUAAUAUGUAAAAGGGAGGUCUCCAUGAGCACAAAGCCAGGCUGUUUUAGUCAAUAAGAAAGUAUUCUCCAGACAAGAAACUUGGCAUGGCUCAUGAGUGUGUGUAUAGGGGCUAGAGUUCAUUCCUUCUCAUGGGGUUAGUGUUCAGGGGACCAAGAGGCCCUGAAGCUAAUGAUCCACACACCACCCUCAGACUAUGGUGGCUAAUGUUCUGAGAAUCGCCAUUUGAUCUUCCCAUAGUUUUUCAUAAACAAAUUAGAACAGAUAGAUUUGUGGUGAUGUGGUGUUGUAUUAUGGUACAGUAUAUCAGCUUGGGAAAUGUGUCUAUCCCAUCAAUCAUUACCAUGUGUACAAAUUCAUCUAUCAAGUCUAAGCUGCGGUAAGAAAAAAAAAGAAAAAAGUGUGAUUGGUUGCCUUUUUUAAGUAGUAUGACCCUACUGUAUGUCCCAUCUGCUGUUUUGGUUGUUUUCACACGUUCUACAUUAACUUGUCCUUUUCCUUUUUUGUUUUACUGGCCCAUGAUUUCUUUGUUUUUUCCACCAAUUACCCAUUUCAACUCCUACUGACAAUCUAUACCAACCCUAUAUCAGUCUGUCCCUGACAACACUCAUCCACCACCCCCAUAUUCUGCCAAUGCGCUACCUCAUCACACAGGGCGGAGCAACCCUGAAGACUUCACCUGCUGAACCAAUCAGAAGGGAUUGAGGAAGGAAAUGGAACACUUAAGUAUUGAGAUCAGUAUUAACAAGAUUUAAAAGAUUACAAAAUUAACAGUCAAUUAUACAACUAUGUAACAUUCAUUUAGUCUUUUAUUUGAACUCUUAUGUGAACGUACUGUAGGCCUAAUGAAAUUAUGACUGUUUAAAAAAGACAUGCGUAUGUCCUACUAUUGAUGGAUUGGUUUUCUGUAGAACCAUGUAGCACAGAGUAGGACUAGUCUGUUUGAUAAUGACUUUCCACAUCACUACAGUGUGUAAGGAUCUAAAGUAUAAUGCAUAGAGAAUGUAAUUUGACAUACAGUACAUGUGGACUACAUGAAGCUAUUGCCUGAGAACCAGGUCAAGACAGCGUUUAUCCUUGGCUGUGUAGUAGUGGUGGGACAAAAAACAAUAGUAACAUGAUUGUUUUGUUUAGUUGAAUGUUCCAUGAUAACUUCAGGGCUCCGACCACCAGGUUGCAUGUAGCUAUGCCAUGAUAAUAUUUAAACUAUUUAUGUGCAGUAAAUUGGCAUUUUUGUCUAUGUUACAUCUUGUCUGUCUGUCUGUGUAUGGCUUGGUUAUCUGUUGUGGACAUAUAUUUUUUCUGGUGUGUGGAUGAUAUGUGUGUGUGUGUGUGUCGUGGGGGUCAAAAUUAUGCCAGAUCCCAUUCAUGUGCAUUUGUAUUAAAAUAGUCAAAACCACUCUCCUCAAAUAGGCCCAUAGAAAGCACCAAAUCAUGGACGUGACCAUUGGAGGUGUUUACAUGAUGAAUCAGUCUCAUCUCUCUCAUGCCUCAUGCAGUCAUGCUGGAUGUAGCUCUACAUGGCUGUAGUGUGUGGCUGUGUAGUGUAAUUAUCAAGCACAACAGUACCAUCAAGUUGUAAAUCUAAUGUAAAUAAAAUAUUGCAAGGAUAACAUUUCCAUAAUAUCAGGCUGUACCUAUGAUUGUUGUUGAUCUAAGUGUGUAGGUUAUCUAAGUAUAUGUGAUUAGUUUUUUUCUAUGACUACUGUGCCUA